AAAGAAAAAAAAACAAUAAUGGCGUCAUCCUGUUUGGAAGUUUGAAAAAUAAACCUCCGCACCUUAAAUUUCAAAUCGCAGCAACCAUGGAUUUAAACUCGAGUCUCCGCGGUGACAGCCAGCUGGAUUUUUCGCUCAACUCCAGCUUGGACCCGGCAGGCGACCAAAAACGGCGAAGCUCAUCCCGAUCGAUCAAACGGAAACGUUUCGACGACGAGAUUGUCGAGUUCAGUUUGGGGCUGCCGCCGGUGCAGAUUAAAAGUGGCGUUGCGGGGAAUCGAACACGAACAGUUUCGCAAACCCUUGCGUUUGGAUCUCCGGCUGUUCCCGUGACGGCGGCAGUUGCGACAGCUGUAGCGGGCCCUAGUAUUGUUCAACCGGCACCACCGGCGGCUGUUUCCGUAUCUCCUGCGACGGUCGAACCGCCGCUGAUUGCUCCCGUUCCGCAGACUCCGGUGGCUGCGGUUCCGCAGAUUCCGGUUGUCGCGACGAUGCCGCUUCCGCCGCCGACGGUUCCGAAUCCCGCGACGAGUAUGCUCCAGCAGCUGAACUCGAAUGCGUCGGUCAACGAGAAGAAGAAAUCGCUCAAGGCCAGUAAGAAGAACAAGAAGAAGGGCGGAGGGCAAACGUUGGCCACGAAAGAUCUGGGUCGGUGGAAGCCGGUGGAUGAUCUGGCGCUGAUCACGGGAAUCUUGCAGACGAACGACCUGCGGAUGGUGCACCGGGGAACAAAGUUUUCGUGCAAAUUUACCAUCCAGGAGAUGCAAGCCCGUUGGUACUCGCUGCUGUACGAUGAACCCAUUUCGCGGAUUGCCGUGGCCGCCAUGAGGAAUCUGCACCCGGAAGUGGUGGAAAACGUCCAGAGCAAGGCACUUUACUCGGUGGCCGAAGAGGAACUGCUCGGGACGAUCAAGUCCAACUCGAACCCAACGCUGGAGACGUUCCAGGAGCUGCUGGACAAGAAUUCAACCAUUUUCUACCAAGCUCGCACCUCGAAGGCUCUGUUCGGUCACUGGCAGCUGAUGAAGCAGUAUUCGCUGCUCCCGGACCAAUCCGUCCAGUCGCUGCCCAAAAGUGACAACAUCCUGCUUUCGUUCUCCGAAACCGAAGACCUCAUCAACGACUCCGACCUGGUGGACAACCGCGACGAGACGCUCGAAAUCGAACUCGCGCUGGCCGAUCGCAAAAGCAAGAAGGAAAUUCGCAGCCUCGAAAACGAACUGUCCCGCUGGAACGUGCUGGUCGAUUCGCUGACCGGGGUCGGCUUCUCGCCGGAUUUUGACAGCCAAACGUUGGCGGUGCUGCGCGGACGGCUCGUGCGCUUCCUGAUGCGUUCGCGCGAGAUCGUGUUUGGCCGCUCGACCAAGGACGCCACCGUCGAUGUGGACUUUUCGCUGGAGGGCCCCGCGUACAAGGUGUCCCGCAAGCAGGGCACGAUCAAGCUGCGCAGCAACGGGGACUUUUUCAUCACGAACGAGGGCAAGCGGCCGCUGUACAUUGACGGGACGGCGCUACUGUACGGGAACAAGGCCCGGCUGAACAACAACUGCGUCAUUGAGAUCUCCAGCUUGCGGUUCAUCUUCCUGAUUAACCACGAUCUGAUCAAUGCGAUUCGUCAUGAGAGCGCCAAAAUGAACAUACCUUUGAACUAAGAAGAACGUUGGCCGGAAAUUUCGGGACGGUUUAAUUUGUACCUUGUAAGCAAACAACUAGAAUUAG